GGCAGACGCGAGGGGUAGAUUUAUCCCUAUUUGUUCCGUAGAAGUCAUCACAGAUUUGUUCUUACACUUCCUUCAUGCUCCUUCAUGCCGCCCUGCAGCCACUUCUGGCUCAGUUUGAGAGGGUGCUGGGUCCGGCAGGCGGACGAUGACGGCUGGGGAGCAGCUGGCAGAGCAGCUGGUGGAGGCUAUCUCUCCCUAUGAGGACGUCAGGGGCUACCUGCAACAGACUGUGCUUCCCACCAUGGGAAUAGCAAUCGAAGACCUGCUGCACCACGUGCACGCUAGCGGCGAGUUGCAACGUGUCCUCCGCAACACGGACGAGCGUCGCUCGGCGCCGCGGCGGAUCGAGGAGAUGCCGGAGGAGCAAGAGGUCGUCAAGAAAACCACCAGCAGGAAGCCCUCGUUGAAUGGAGGCGGCAGCAGCUCCAUGUCACUGGGCAAAGAGGAUGGCACCGGCAGCAUGGGAAUGGCGAGUGCCUCCAUGAGCGUGGCAUUGGGGCGACGUCCCAGCAACGCCUCUGACCCCGUACCUCCUGUCAUUCCUGAAAGCCCAGAGGAGGUGAAGUUUGAUCCCCUGAUUUGGCUGUCGGAACGCUUCAAGAAGAAUGCAACACAGGACCAAAGUCAGUUCCGCGCCAAGAUCAAGGAACGAGUGCUGCUUCAGAUCAAGGCUUUGGAGGCAGCGGAGGAAGCCGAGCGCGCGCGCCUGGCUGAGGCAGAAGCAGCUGCGCGAGCCGACGACGGGGAGAUCACUUCCAUCGCAGAAGCGCCUGAAGAUGGUGGAAGCUGAUUUUGGCAGUGAAAACCCAUGGCCAUCAAAAAACCAUGGGGACCUUAUUGAAACAUGGGG